CUAGCAAUGCUUUUUACUUAUAUAAGUGUAUAUCAGUCACAUCAAGGUUUUCAACUCUGUAUGUUCGUAUCUUUUACUCCCCCUAUAAUGUAGUAUGGAUAGUAGAGGAGUGCCGAGGCGCAUUUUUACCCCGCAAGCUGCACUUGCCAGACCAUCAUCCAGUAACAUGCCAAACGCCGAAGCGUGUACCCACCUAACAUGUCAGGCGUGCACACUGCGGCACGCCGAUGUGGCUGAUGACGCGCUGUCGAAUGGUUGAUGACACGUAGUGUCUGGUCUUGGAAUUCUACUCUGGGUCUGUGGCUGUUAGCUCUCGAUGACGAAGCUCGCGACUUAUAUAUGACACCGUGCGCGACUGUGCAGCAAAAGCAACGUCAACACAGCAAUUGCGAAUACGCCUAAAGCUGAAACCGAUCGCAUCAGCUUUGUUGCCCCCCAACACAACUCGCCGACCAAGCUACCUUUCUCGCUCAACGCGCAACCCAACACAAUGACUGUAACGCAAAUAAUCCGCUUCCAUGCUCACUCAGCUUCCGAAGCCGACGACCAAGCCAACGCAGCCGUCAAAGCCCUCAAAGGCGCCAAGGCUCCAGAAAACUAUGUCCUAGGAACCCAAAUCCAGGACAAGCGUAACUUACAGUUGAGCUCGGAAUGGCACGACCCCAAAGCCGAAUCCUCAAAGGAAGCAGAAGCGUACCGCGAAACCGUCAUCAAAAGUCUUGGAAAUCCCGAGAAGAUGUUCCAUGUCUCGUUCAAAGAUGGACAGUCGGCUUUUGACAACGGCGGCCCUCUAUCCUCACCUUUGGUCGAGUUUGUGCAGAUUUACUUCCCGACCGACAAGGUCACAAAGGAGUUCCGGGAUAAGAUUGAAAAGGAAUUCCAGAAGUUCGAUGAUAUCUGCACUCCGGCCGCCAAGGGUAAUGGCGCAGUAACAUAUGGCUGGGUGUUGGAAGAGCAGGAGCACAAGGAUGUGAAGAAGUCCAAAUGCUUCCUUGUGGCGAGAGGAUGGGAGGGUAUGCAGUAUUUUGAGGAUGUAAUCAAGACGGACGAAUACAAAGAGGCAGUGCAAAUCCUCAUGGGAUGGCAGGCGCCGUGGGAUAUGUGGCACGUCAAGAGGGAGUUUUGAAGGAAGAAACAUAUUGUGUGCUGUCGUCAGUUAUAAGCAACGUCAUGCGACGUGUCCUCGGCGGACACCACAUAUACACCGAUUAUAUCUAUUCCAUACUGUCCAUCACAAUGGUUGGUUCUAACGGCGCAGUCUUAUCCUGGCUAUGCGCCUUUUGGUAUAUUUUUGGUUGCUCCUGCUCAAUAGGUGACUUCUUGUGGGGACGUUAUCAAGUACAAAUACAUGUUAUACAGCUUGCGAUGCAAUGGUCACAUCUUGUGAUCAUAA